AUGUCAAAGCAAGACUUGAAAGAUAUAAUCAACAGACUAGAUCACUUUGAAAGAAACCGUCAGCCGAUAGCGCCUAUAUCUGAUGUCCGCCAUGCUUGCGUUGCAGCCAUUAUCCGAUGGAAACCCUUUGUAGAUCACAAUAGUAACCAUGAUCCAUUGCCCUCGACUGUAUCAGAAUUCUUCAAUGAGCCCUGGGUUAAUGACUGCCACGGCCAAGCUGAGUUACUCUAUAUCCAGCGUGCAGUUCGACCGGGCGACCCAUGGUCAGGACAAGUAGGAUUUCCUGGUGGCAAAAGCGAACCUAGCGAUAAAGAUGAUUUACAUACAGUCAUUCGAGAAUGUAAAGAAGAGAUAGGUCUGGAUUUAGGCUCAAGCGCGUUUAUUCAUCUUGCCACUUUGGAUCCAAGAGCCAUUAAAAAGUAUGAUGAUGAUAGUAAGGUAGUGAUGAUCCUUGUUCCUCACGUCUUCUUACAGGUUACACCACAAACACCAUCUCUUAGCGUACCCAAUUCGGAAAUAGCUGAAGCUAUCUGGGUUCCAUUACGGUAUCUAUUGUCAAAUCCAAUUAUCCCCUUUGAUGCUAUUACAACUGUGAAUGAAAAGAUCAAGAGGCUUUGGCCGUCUUCUGUUUUGGUACCUGCCAUUGCUCUCAAGCAAACAACGGAUGGGCCGCACUUGUGGGGGAUGACAUUAAGAAUGACUCAAGAAGUAAUAGGACUUCCUUUGUCAAAGAAUGCGAUCAUUACUACUCUGACCGCAGAAGAAAUUGAAAAGUACAAGGGCAAAUCCAAGAUGUAAAUCAGUAAAAUGAGUUUUUAUUGUACAAUGUUUAUAAAAUAUGUGUGGCCGCCUUCGCUUGGCGUUGUUGCUGAAGACUCUUUUUCUGUUUAUUUUCUUCGUUUUUAAAGAUGUAUUUGUUUGUCUUUUUCUCUUCUCUUCGAUUCUUUUUAGCCUCUUUAACUGCAUUUUUCCGUGCCUUCUUUUCUUCUUUGGUUUCUUUUCUUGAUCUAGGUGCUCCUUUAUUCUCACGUGUGCCCUCCUCUUCUUCCUCUUCUUCCUCUUCUUCUUCCU